AUGAACAAAUUCUUAGUUUUGUUGGUUUGUGUCAUGUUCGCUAUGGCUUUCGUUCAUGUGACACGCGCUGAUGAUGAUAAUGUUAAAAGUGAAUAUGAAGCGAAUGAUGCGCAACAGUUUCUACAAAAACGUCUUUUUGGCAUUCCGUUUCCUCGUGAACAACGUCGAGAAGCAAAAGAGAAAUAUGAAGAACGAUGUGAACGUGCGCUAGCCAUUAAUAAGGUAACUGGUCUUCAACGAUGGUGUCCAAAACUUGAGGAAUGGGAUCAAUGGCGUGAAGUAACAAGAAAUGAUCGUCGUGGUUAA